AUGGAUCUCAUGUUCGCAGAGUGGGAGGACGGGGAGAGGUUUUCAUUUGAAGACUCCGAUCGCUUUGAGGAAGACUCUCUUUGUUCCUUCAUCUCUGAGGCAGAGAGCCUUUGCCAGAACUGGAGAGGAUGGAGGAAACAAUCGGCUGGACCCAAUUCUCCCACUGUCAAAAUGAAAGAUGGGCUGGUGAUCCCAUUGGUGGAACUGUCUGCAAAACAGGUUGCAUUUCACAUUCCAUUCGAGGUGGUGGAGAAAGUUUAUCCUCCAGUGCCUGAGCAACUGCAGCUUCGAAUCGCCUUCUGGAGUUUCCCAGAAAAUGAGGAAGAUAUCAGAUUGUACUCAUGUUUGGCGAAUGGUAGUGCAGAUGAGUUCCAGAGAGGGGAGCAGCUUUUCCGGGUGAGGGCUGUCAAAGACCCUCUUCAGAUAGGUUUCCAUCUGAGUGCCACUGUGGUACCCCCACAGAUGGUGCCACCCAAAGGUGCAUACAACGUGGCAGUGAUGUUCGACCGAUGCAGAAUCACCUCGUGCAGCUGUACCUGUGGAGCUAGGGCCAAGUGGUGUGCUCACGUCGUGGCGCUCUGCCUCUUCCGCAUACACAAUGCAUCUGCGGUAUGCUUACGAGCACCUGUUUCUGAGUCCUUGUCUCGCCUACAAAGAGACCAGUUGCAAAAAUUUGCUCAGUACUUAAUCAGUGAACUUCCACAGCAGAUUCUUCCAACAGCUCAGCGCUUGCUGGAUGAGCUGUUAUCUUCUCAGUCUACUGCCAUCAACACAGUGUGUGGAGCCCCAGAUCCCACUGCUGGACCCUCUGCAUCAGAUCAAAGCACCUGGUACUUAGAUGAGUUUACUUUGAGUGACAACAUAAAGAAAACCCUUCAUAAAUUCUGUGGACCCUCUCCUGUUGUUUUCAGUGAUGUGAAUUCAAUGUACCUCUCUUCCACGGAGCCACCAGCUGCUGCAGAGUGGGCAUGUCUCCUGCGUCCCCUACGAGGAAGAGAGCCUGAAGGAAUCUGGAACCUGCUUUCCAUUGUACGGGAGAUGUUUAAGAGACGGGAUAGCAAUGCAGCUCCUUUGCUGGAGAUUUUAACUGACCAGUGUCUCAACUAUGAGCAGAUAACUGGCUGGUGGUACAGCGUGCGAACAUCUGCAUCACACAGCAGUGCUAGCGGGCACACGGGGCGCAGCAAUGGCCAGUCAGAAGUAGCUGCUCAUGCUUGUGCAAGUAUGUGUGAUGAGAUGGUGGUUCUUUGGAGGCUGGCUGUCCUUGACCCAACUAUUAGCCCACAGAGGCGCAGGGACCUUUGCUCACAGCUCAGACAGUGGCAGCUGAAAGUCAUAGAUAAUGUUAAGAGGGGUCAGCACAAGAAAUCACUGGAGAAGCUUUUCCAGGGUUUCAAGCCAGCUGUGGAAGCCUGUUACUUCAACUGGGAGGAAGCUUAUCCCAUUCCUGGGAUAACAUAUAGCAGCACGGACAAAAAGAACUCAUUCUGUUGGGUAAAGGCCAUCCAGCAGAGGAGCUGCCGAUUACAGUACACAGAAAAUGCCUGUGAGGCUGGUAGAACUCAUGGACAGGAGCCUGGGGGACCAUGUCUGCAGCCUGGGGACAGGCUGCGUCCCUCUCCCCAGGAGCCAGCAGUUCGUCCAAAGGAACUUACGGGGAAGCGGAAAGUUGUCUCUGAAAUGCCACAGAGGGUUCUGCGGCGGCUUUCAGCAGAAGGUGACAAAGCUGCCUACAAGACUGUGGUGGGCAAAGCAAAGUUGCCAGUGAGCAAAGGCUUGACCAGUAAACACAGUGGGAAACGCCGCAUGAGCAGUGAGGACAGCUCUCUGGAGCCAGACUUGGCAGAGAUGAGCCUGGAUGACAGCAGCUUGGCUCUGGGGGCGGAAGCCAGCAACACAUUUAGUUUUACAGAAAGCCCACUGAGCAGGAGCUACCGGGACACCUUUGAGGAGGAUGGUGGGGUGUACUUUUCUGAGGGACCUGAGCCCAGUGUCAGGAAUGCUUCCAUGACCAAGAAAUCUCCCAAGGAUCCUGUGGGGGAAAUGGGUAGUGGUGAUGAUGACCUGCCUUCUGCAGAUGAGAACAGUGGUGGUGUGAGCCUGAAGCCAGAAGAAGUGGGAGAGAAUGGUGCAGCAGGUGGAGGGGAUGAAGGAGAAGAGGAAGAUGAUUACCAGGUGUACUAUCUGAAUCCACAAGAGGUAUCUAAGGAAGAUGAUGACAAAGCUGAAGGGGGAAAUGAAGAGGAGCAGGAUAUAUUUGCUGGUAUAAAGCCUCUGGAGCAGGAGAACCGGAUGGAGAUCCUGUUUGCCUGUGCAGAGGCCCUGCAUGCGCAUGGAUACAGCAAUGAAGCAUGCCGCUUAACUGUAGAGCUUGCCAGGGACCUAUUGGCGAACCCUCCAGAUCUCAAAGUGGAGCAGCCGCCAACUAAGGGCAAAAAGAACAAAGUAUCAACCAGCAAGCAGACAUGGAUGGCAACCAACACCUUGUCUAAAGCUGCUUUCUUGCUGACGGUGUUGAGUGAGCGACUGGAAUACCACAACUUGGCCUUCCGAAUAGGAAUGUUUGCUCUGGAGCUGCAGAGACCACCUGCUUCUACAAAGGCUCUGGAGGUGAAGCUGGCAUAUCAGGAGUCUGAGAUUGCAGCCCUCUUGAAGAAGAUUCCCUUGGGCACUAAUGAGAUGAACACUAUUCGAGGAAAAGCUGAAGAGCUGCGAGAAGGGACACUAUGUGAUUACCGUCCUGUCUUGCCUCUGAUGUUGGCUAGCUUUAUAUUUGAUGUCUUGUGCACUCCAGUGAUUUCUCUUACAGGCUUCAGACCCCCAAGCCGUAACUGGAACAGUGAAAUGACCGGAGAUGAAGAGCUUGGUUUUGAGGCAGCUGUUGCUGCUCUUGGCAUGAAAACAACUGUCAGUGAAGCAGAACAUCCUCUGUUGUGUGAAGGCACCCGAAGGGAGAAAGGGGAUCUGGCACUGGCCCUGAUGAUUACUUACAAGGAUGAUCAGUCUAAGCUGAAGAAGAUUUUAGACAAACUCCUGGACAGAGAGAGUCAAACUCACAAACCACAGACUCUGAGUUCUUUCUACUCAUCCAGCAAACCUGCAGUAGCAAAUCAAAAAUCUCCUUCCAAACAUGCUGCCCAGUCCACUGCAGCUAUCCAGCAGCUUCCAGGGACUUCGGUCACUCAGCAAGCUGCUGUAAGCCCUGCAGUCCAGAGCAGUCCUGAGAACUUUGUGGAGAAGAGUACACAGGAGAGCUCUCAGAGGUCCCCUUGUGAGCCAGCUGCAGAGGCCACUGUCUUGAAACAAGAGGGAAAGGUCCCCAGUCGUCUGGCCCUUGGAAGUCGAGGUGGAUACAAUGGGAGAUGCUGGGGUUCACCUGUCAGGCAGAAGAAGAAACACACAGGCAUGGCUAGUAUUGACAGCAGUGCUCCUGAAACUACCUCUGACAGUUCCCCAACGCUCAGUCGGCGUCCACUGCGUGGAGGAUGGGCAGCAACAUCCUGGGGCAGAGGACAGGACAGUGACAGCAUCAGCAGUUCUUCUAGUGAUUCACUGGGAUCUUCAUCUUCCAGUGGCAGUAGGAGAGCCAGCGGGGGAGCCCGUGCAAAGACUGUGGAAGUUGGCAGAUACAAAGGGAGACGGCUGGAGAGCCAUGCUCCUCAUGUCCCAAACCAGCCCUCAGAGGCAGCUGCUCACUUCUACUUUGAAUUGGCUAAGACAGUCCUUAUCAAAGCAGGUGGAAACAGCAGUACCUCUAUCUUCACCCACCCUUCCUCCAGUGGUGGGCACCAGGGACCACACCGCAACCUUCAUCUCUGCGCCUUUGAGAUUGGACUGUAUGCACUAGGGCUGCACAAUUUUGUGUCUCCCAACUGGCUCUCUCGAACAUAUUCGUCCCAUGUCUCUUGGAUCACAGGGCAGGCCAUGGAGAUUGGUAGUGCAGCUUUGAACAUCUUGGUGGAGUGUUGGGAUGGACAUCUGACUCCUCCAGAGGUGGCAUCAUUGGCAGACAGAGCUUCACGGGCCAGAGACUCCAACAUGGUGCGGGCAGCUGCUGAGCUGGCACUCAGCUGCCUUCCCCAUGCCCAUGCACUGAACCCAAAUGAGAUCCAGAGGGCUCUGGUGCAGUGUAAGGAGCAGGACAAUCUGAUGCUGGAGAAGGCCUGUAUGGCAGUAGAAGAGACAGCCAAAGGAGGUGGUGUCUACCCAGAAGUCCUCUUUGAAGUAGCUCACCAGUGGUACUGGCUUUAUGAACAGACUGUUGGUGGGACCCCAGCCCAGAGAGAAGGUGCCACUGGCUGCAGUGCAAGUGGUGCACGGGCUGCCUCUGAAGCAGCACAUGGGUUGACAGACAACCGGGUGACCUCUGAGCCAACCACUGUAACGGUGGCAGCUGCGGUAACUGCGGCAGCAACUGUCAUGCCGGUGAUCUCUGUGGGGUCUACCAUGUACCAGCAGCACACCAUGGCAGGGCCAGCAAUGACACACACCCACACACAAGGUCUCCACCCUUACACUACCCUUCAGACUCACAUCCCCUGUAACCCCCAGUAUAUCGGACACACUAUCCAGCACAUGCCACGCCCGGCUGUCUUCCCGGUCCCUGGCUCAGCGUACCCGCAGGGUGUCCAUCCAGCAUUCAUAGGAGCACAGUACCCUUACUCAGUAGCCAAACCGUCCUUGGCAGCUACAGCAGUGUCAUUCCCUGGUGUGCCCGUCCCAUCCAUGACGCAGAUCGCGGUGCAUCCCUAUCACAGUGAGACAGGACUGUCUCUGUCUUCCAGCGUAGCGAUAGGAAGUGUUCAUGCAGGAUCAACGUUCCCAGCGAUUCAGGGGGCUUCCUUGACAACUCUGUCCUCACAGCCCAACUCCCUUGUUACAGGGAGUUUUCCUGCUGAGGAUGAGCAGCACAGUCAGCCUGUGAGCCCUCAGGGUCUGCACUACCUCCACUCCGCGUACCGAGUUGGGAUGCUGGCUCUGGAGAUGCUUGGCCGAAGAGCUCACAACGACCAUCCCAACAACUUCUCCCGCAGCCCACCCUACACAGAGGAUGUGAAAUGGCUCCUUGGGUUAGCUGCAAAGUUAGGUGUAAACUAUGUGCAUCAGUUUUGCGUUGGUGCAGCCAAGGGUGUGCUGAGCCCUUUUGUGCUCCAGGAGAUCAUCAUGGAAGCUCUACAGAGGCUCAACCCUGCCCAUCUGCACAACCAUCUGCGCACACCUGCCUUCCACCAGCUAGUGCAGAGGUGCCAGCAGGCCUACAUGCAGUACAUCCAUCAUCGGCUGAUCCAUCUCACUUCAGCUGACUACGAUGACUUUGUGAACGCCAUCCGCAGUGCCAGAAUCGCCUUCUGCCUGACUCCCAUGGGCGUGAUGCAGUUCAAUGAUAUUCUCCAGAACCUAAAGCGCAGCAAGCAGACAAAGGAGCUGUGGCAAAGGGUUUCUCUGGAAAUGACCACCUUCUCACCGUGACAGCAGGCGGAGCUCCCUGGACACACAACCCUUUGCCCCGCAUAGUUGUAGUUCCAUUUAUUAUUAUCCUUCCUUAUGGUGUCUUUUUUAUUUUAGUUUUAACUUGUUGGAAACCACUGAUCUGAUGUAUUUAUACCAUGACAUUCCUCUCCAGCACUGCUGCGUGUUGGCGCUCUGCUUCGCUCUUCCUCCUCCUCCUCC